CUUCUCUACAGCAAAUUGUAGAGAUUCAUGAUCAUGGAGAAGCUCCAGUCUCUGAAGUCCUCCCUGCUGCUGAGGAGGGCGUCCUCCAACCUCAGGACGUCCACACUCCAGCUAGCUCCUCUGAAGAUGAUGAAGCGGAGGAGCCGGAGAACAACCACAUUUUCUGGCGAUAUGAAUUUGGCUCCAAGCUGGGUGAAGGAAGCAACAGCCACGUACAUGCAGGGACUCGCUGCAAGGAUGGCCUUAAGGUGGCUGUGAAAAUUGCUGAAAAGACUCCAAAUAUGCCAUAUAUAAGAGUUCCUGGUCAUCCCAAACACCUUCCCAUGGAGAUCGGCCUGACACUCAUGGCUAACAAGGGCCCCCGUGUUCCACAGAUAAUUAAGCUGCUGGACUGGCAGGAUGACCCGGACCACUAUGUCAUGGUCUUUGAGCGGCCCGUGCCAAGCAUGAGCAUGUUUAGUUUUGUGAAGCUCCAACAAAGGCUCAAUGAAGAGAUGGCACGAAAUGUUAUGUCUCAGGUCAUUCAUGCCUCUAAGAUUUGCUGCGAGCGUGGAGUCUUCCAUCGAGAUAUAAAACUGGAGAACCUCAUAGUGAACCCCGACACGUUGGAGGUCAAGUUGAUCGACUUCGGGUGCGGCACGCUCAUGAAGGAUUCUGCCUACGUGGCCUUCAAUGGCACAGAAAUUUUCUGUCCACCGGAGUUUGAUGUCGACGGCAGGUACCAUGCAAAGCCGGCGACAGUUUGGUCAUUGGGGAUCCUGCUGUUUGUGAUGGUGUGCGGGUAUUUUCCAGAAGACAAAGACCUGCACAUGAUCAGUAAGAACGUUCAGUCCAACCCUGACCUGUCAAAAGAGUGCUGCCAGAUGAUUUGCUCUUGCCUGCAGCAUGAUCCACAGCAGAGACUUAUUCUGGAGGAGAUGCUGCUUCAUGACUGGUUUAUGGUACUAAGAGUCUAAGAUUUGCUAAAUGUUUUUCUUCUCUUCUUUUUCUUCUUCAUACAAUCAUUUUAAACAUUUAAAAGUCAAGUUUGCUCUAAAUGUAAGGUAUUUUGAUUAAUAACACUGAUUUAUGUUUCAGGUUCUGUAAGACAUGGGAAACAACCAAAAACGACUCCCCUGUCAGGACCACUGUGUUGUUUUCUGUCUCCAGUCAGCUUUGUGUCCAGCAGACUGACAUGAGUGGCCUUUCCAUCCCUUGAAGCAGCAUUAUUUAUAUUUAUCAUUUGUUUUAGUUAUUUGUAUUGAGUAUUAAGAAUCAUUUUUAUGAGAAAAAAGUAUUAAAAUAUUAAGUAUAAAUAAUACAUUUGUCUUAAGAUAUUGUCAUGGUUGGUAAAACCGUCGUCUCUGUUGAUCACUAUUGCGUGGAGUUUUUGUUGUGUCUCUCGUCUGCACUGAUCCUUUCAAACGGGCGUCUCUGUUCAUCAGCUUCAGCUGCCACUCAUUAUCUGCUCCCUAUUUAUUGCCCUGUCUUUCGGUUUGUUUGACAGAUUGUUGUUUGAAGCUCCCUGUUACAUGCCUGGUUUCUCGUCCCUGUUUCUGACUGUCUUCACUACGUUGGAUCACAGCUCUUCUGGAGCCCCAUCCACUCACCUCUCCACCGGAUCACUCAUCUCAGUUCCUGCAUCACGCUCUCCUGCGGUCUCAUCUCACCGUUACUUCCUGGCCACGUGUGACUUCAUCUCUCUCCAUCCUGUUCCUGCUGGUUAUCUUCUGUUAAUUUGUUUAUCUACUCAUUAAAACUACAUUCACUUGCAUUUGCUUCAUUGCCCUUCCUAUCUUUACAGAUAGUUAUGCACUAG